UUACAAAUAUUCCACGGCUCCACGCUUAUAGUUAAUUGUUAAUUGUUAUUUCAGUUGCAAUAACGCAUUAUUCAUAAAGUAUAAUGAUUGACUAUCAAAUAAUGAAGUAAUGGAUACCACAAACUUCAUCACCAUAGAGGAACUUUACUGUUAUUCUAUAUCUUAUAGCAACUAGCAAUCAAGGUGGAUCUCAAUAGCAAUUAACGAAAAGCUUUUUUUAUAUAAAAAGUUGAAAGACUGAAAACGAUUUAAGAUGUCUUUGGCAGAAGAGUUACUUGCAGAUUUGGAAGAGGAUGGCUUUGAUGAUGUUGAGCCAAUGAUCAUACAAGAAGAGACUUCCAAUGAACUGCAAGAAAAUACUUUAAUUCCUAAACAAACUGGUAAUUUUUGUAAGAUAUAUUGUUUGCAUACAUGCAAUAAUAAUUUUUUAAAUCAUUUUGUAGAUUUAAAAAAUACUAAAAUUCGUGAUCUUGCUAAAUUACGAGAUUCAGAGCGUUUAGUAAAUAUAAUGCAGCAAAUAGAUAUAUUUCAGAAUAGACAAAGGAGACCUGAAGAUGAAUUAGGACCUGUAGAGUCUGAUCCAGAAUAUCUCUUGAUCGUAGAUGCAAACAAUUUGAUUGUAGAAAUGGAUGAUGAGAUUUUAAUCAUACAUAAAUUUGUUCGCGAUAAAUAUUCAAAACGUUUUCCAGAGUUAGAGUCCUUAGUUGUUGGCCCAUUAGAAUAUGUACAGACAGUUAAAGAACUAGGCAAUACACUCGAACAAUCAAAAAAUAAUGAAGUACUUCCAACAUUUCUUACUCAAGCUACUAUUAUGGUUGUUUCUGUUACUGCUUCAACUACACAAGGACAACUUUUAAAUGAAAAUGAACUUUUUGAAGUUCGAGAAGCUUGUGAUAUGGCUAUUGACCUUAAUAAAUUAAAAUUGAAAGUUUAUGAAUACGUUGAGAGUAGAAUGACAUACAUAGCACCUAAUCUUUCUGUUAUUGUUGGUGCAUCAACGGCUGCAAAAAUUAUGGGUGUAGCCGGAGGGUUGACAAAUUUAUCAAAAAUGCCAGCAUGCAAUGUUUUACUAUUAGGUUCUCAAAAAAAACUUUUAUCUGGUUUUUCACAAGUCAACACAAUGCCACAUACGGGUUUUAUUUUUCAUUGCUCUUUAGUACAAAACAAUCCACCAGAUUUACGAAGAAAAGCAGCUAGGCUUGUUGCAACCAAAAGUACGUUAGCUGCAAGAGUUGAUGCUGCACACGAGAGUCUUGAUGGACAUAUAGGAAUGACAUUAAAAGAAGAUAUUGAAAAAAAAUUGGAUAAAUUAACGGAACCACCUCCAGUUAAAUUUAUUAAGCCUCUACCCAAGCCGAUAGAUCCGGGUCGAAAGAAGCGAGGUGGUAAAAGAGUACGCAAAAUGAAGGAACGUUAUGCUGUUACAGAGUUACGUAAACAAGCAAACAGAAUGAAUUUUGCAGAUAUUGAAGAUGAUGCAUAUCAAGAAGAUUUAGGUUAUACUCGAGGAACCAUUGGAAAAUCAGGAACUGGAAGAAUUCGUCAUGCCCAAGUUGAUGAAAAAACAAAAGUGCGGAUUUCAAAAACACUUCAAAAAAAUUUACAAAAACAGCAAGCAUGGGGUGGUGCAACUUCAGUUAAAAAACAAGUAUCUGGUACUGCAUCUAGUGUAGCCUUCACCCCUCUUCAAGGAUUAGAAAUUGUGAAUCCACAAGCAGCUGAAACCAAAAAUUCUGGAAUAAAUUCAGCAAGAUAUUUUUCCAAUACUGCAAGUUUUGUGAACAUACAUAAUAAACAAUAAUAGAACCUAAAUGUUUUUUAUUUAUGUAAUAAAUAACUAUUUUUUUUUAAUUAAUUAUUUUGUGAAUGUGAAAAUAUCAAAUUAUGAUUCUAAUAAACAAUGUUCUACAUACAAAG